GUGGAGUGUGAAUGUAAUUCGUAAAACGUUGGGAGUUGGGAAUUUGGGAUGUUAUGUUUGUGAUGCCCUGUCAACACGUAUGCAAUAAUAUUUAUAUGAUGGUAUAAUAUAAAUAAUUAAGUAAUAAAUUUACAUUAUACUCUACAGUACUACACCAUGAUAUGAGUUAACAUUUUAAAGAGUUAUUAUAAUUAUACACCAUCGGAGUAAUUAUCACGCACGAGGCACGGGUCAUUUGUGCAUCCGCCAGUCGCCUAUUCGUGAUAUCAGUUAACAGUAUUAAGUGUACUACGACAGUAUUUCGAAUGCAGUAUUGCAUAUUGCAUUAGUGCAGUUCCCAGUCCCGGAAUUUCCCGCUGACAGUCUUCUAUACGUUGAGUGAUUCGAUUAUAAUUUAUAGCAGAAAUCCUGAAUCCAAAAAAUGGAGGAAUUGGAUUCAGUAAUACUCAACUUAAAAGCUUGUCUACUGUCUACCAAAGGCGGAGUACAAUUAAAUCAAAUAGAAAAUGAAUAUUUUAAAUUAAAUGGCGAACGAAUUCCAUUCAGGCAGUUAGGAUUUCCAUCAUUAGAAGCUUUAUUACAAUCAUCUGGAAAGUUUAAUAUUCAAAAUUAUGGAAGCAGUACUAUUGUACAAGCACUAGGUACUAGCAAAACACAACAUUUGACUGAUCUUAUCAAAAAACAGAAAUCAAAACCACCAAAAAAAAAACCAUUUAUAGGUCUUAAAUAUGCUCCAAGAAAAUUUGAUACUUCAAAUACCUGUAACAGACCUAAUAAUUAUUCUAGACAAGGAAGUAAUGGCUUGAAUAAUGGAUCAUCAAGAAACAACUAUCAAGGUUCUUCUAUUCCUAGUCACACCAACAGUCAUAAUAGAAUACAGUCAUCAUAUAGCAAUAACAGACAUAUUAGAUUCAAUACCAAUGAGUCAAAAACUAUUGAUCACAAUAGUUAUAGAAAGCCUCAGUUUUCUACAAGUAACUUUAAUAAUAGUACUAAAAACUAUAAUGGAAACCUUCAAUUAAAUUCUGAUGAAUUUUUGCCUGAAACUAAACCCCCCAGACUUAAUUUAAGUAAGUCAAGAUUGGUUGUUAUCCCUUUGAAUAAUCUAUCCAGUGAUAGUAAGAAAAAUGGUGUUAAAUCAAUUCCAAUUUCAAAUGAUUCAAAGUCAUUGAAUGAAAACGCCAAACCAGAACAAAUUCCACUUACUAGCAGUUGCAGUAGCUUAGAGUCAACAUACAGUUCUAGUUCUACUAGUUACAAACCUAUACAUACAUCACAUGACAAAUUCCAAAUUGGAGAUACAGUCAAUAUAAAUAACAAAGAUACAUUUCCGAAAAAUCAUAUUAACAUGCAGGAGAAUAAUACUGAAUUUAAGAAAUCAUCUAAGCAACCUAAAUCAAUUCCAAAGUUGUCAUCUUUACAAAACAUGCCGCCUAUGAAAAUAUCAACUGCUCAAAGUAGACUUGAAAAAUACCCUAAAAAAUGUGAAGAACAAAUCAAGGUUGAUGUAGAAAAUAAAUUGAAAACAGAUAAACUAUAUGCUGCAGCUACAGAUUUGAGAAUUGAAGUUGAAGAUCCUACACUUGAGGUGUUUGAAGAAGAUAAGGACUACAUUAAUGAAUUAGAAACAUAUUUAAAAAAUUUAAACUUAUCAGAACCAUAUUACGAGUAUAUGGUAAAAAAAGAAAAAUCUGGGAAAUUAAUUAAAUUAACACACAUUUGUACAAUUAAGGUAAAUGAAAAAAGUGUUGGUAGUUCUUUUCCAGUUGAUUGUAGCUCAGAUGAGUAUGCACAAAAAGUCGCUGCAAAACGGGCUCUAACUACCUUGAAAAAACAAUAUGGUGAAAGUGUUAUUUAUCCAAUUACCAAUGACAUCAAUACAAUGGCAUCUUGCGUUAAAACGCUUUUAAAACAAGGAUAUGAAACAACUGGUAUUAUGAGUGAUGUCUUAGAACGUUUAUAUAGGGAGGAAUUUCAUGAGAACUUGCCUGAUAAUUGGGAUCAGCUUCUGGGAGUUUUUAGUUACUUCAUAUUUGAUAAGCUAGCACCUAAUAAAGUCGUUAUUUACUUUAACGAAAACGAAAGUAAUCAACAAAAUGGUCAUGAGAAUACAAAUGAAGAUAUUGCAGAUGAACAAAGCUUUGUUCCAGGUACUCCUUUAUUAUUUGAAGACUACGUUGAAAAAUCUGUUCUCGUCUCUGCUAACUAUGGUUCAGCUAGUAUUUGGAUACGUUUGGUUGGACAGAGUGCAGAUGAAAACUUUAUUCAAAUGCAAGCAAAAUUCAAUGACACAAUGAACACAGAAAAAUUAAGUAUCCCUGAUCAAGUGUUGGAAGGUGAAUAUUAUGCUGUGCUAUAUAAUUCUUCUUGGCAUAGAGUGCAAAUAAUUUCUGCUACUAUUGAAGAUGGUACAGCUACAUGUUUUAUGAUAGACACAGGCGAGCAAUUGAACAUUGCCAAAGAUCAGAUUUGUAAUCUAGAACCAAUAUUUAUGAAACCUAAAACACAGGCAAUUGAAUGUACUUUAACCCGACUGGAUAAUUUUGGUUCAUUUGAUGGUUUAAAAGAGUUAUUGGAUGAAAUGAUUUUGAAUAAAACAUUCUUCCUUGUACCUGACUCAAUUGAAAAUUAUCCAAGAAUUACUUUGUAUGAAAAAGGAGGAAUAAAUGUAAAUGAUAUGAUCAUUCAAAGAUUUUUAGAAAAAACUUCUACUAAGCUACCAUUAUUUGAGGAUCAAGCAAUUGUGGAUGGAAAUGUAUCGUCAAUUGUUGAGUCUGGCCAUUUAUAUUUACAAUUAAACAUUGACAUUGUUACAUCACUUGAAGAAAUAUUGUCAAGUAUUGUCGAAUUCUUAGAUCCAGAAUAUUUUUUGAAAAGCAAAGAAGAUAUCUUAAAAGAUAAAGUUUAUAUAACUAAAUAUGAAGCUGAUGACAUAUGGAGUCGAGUUAAAGUUUUUGAUAUAAUCAAUGACUCUGAAGCCAAGAUAAUGUAUAUAGACUACGGUAAUAUGGCACAAUGUGAAAUUACUAAAUUAGCUGAUUUGGAAAUGUAUGAUCCAUUGUUGACUAAAAUUGCUCCUCAGGCGAUAAAAGUUUCAAUGAACUUUUUACCUCCAAAUACUAUGACUCCAGAUAUUGCCAAUAAGAUAUUUACAAUUAUUGGUAAUAAUACAGUUUUAGUAAAUACAGUUAAUGCACCUAACGAUGAUGUGCCAUGCGUUCAACUUUACAAAACCGAACCGGAUUCUCCUAAUAUACCAUACUGCAUUAACAUACCACUAUUCCAAAGCUUAAAGAAACAAUAAAUUACCACUUAAAGGACAUUUGAUGAAUUGUUAUUAUUAAAAUCUAAAUGUAUUGUUAGUUUGAUCUGAUGUUGUUACAUUAGUUUUAUACAAGUGUUAUUCUAAGAAAAUACUCAUCAUUUUUUAUUAUUUUUAUUAUUAUAAUUAUUAUUUAAAAUUUAAAAUUAUGUUCAUACAUGUUAAGAGACAUUUAAAGAAUUUAAAACAAAAUGUAAUAUUUGUUUCAUUUGUAUGUGCACUUAAUAUUUAUUUAUAUCAGUUGCAUGUACUAAAUGGUUUUCAAUUAUGCAACAUUUUAACCAUAUAAAAAUAAUUUGUAUUAUGUGAAAAACAUUAUAACUUUGAAUUCAAUUUUUUA